AUACACACGGUCUAUCAGUCUUUCAGAUCAAAUGCCAAAAAAGCGCACCAUCGGAUUCAACCACAUCAUCAUCUCCGACCUCCUCCCAACUCGUGACUCAUUCAUUUCAAUCAUCCCUUCUUCUCUAAACUUCACAAAACCCAAACAAACUCUUUCUUCUUCUUCUUCUUGGCUCAAUUUAGAAGAAGAUAAUUUCAAAACCGAAACGAGAAAAAGAUAAUGAGUUCAGAAUUGACUCUAGCACAAGCAAGAACAAGAACUCAACAAAAAGAUAAUGGAUGCAAGCAUUAUAAUCAUAUCUAUUAUACUAUCUUUCAUACUCUUAUGCAGCCCCUCAACUGCACAACCAGAACCCGCUAUUUCACAACCAGAACCCGCUUCUUCACAACCAGAACCCGCUAUUUCACCACUAGCUCCCUCUUUUUCACCACUAGCUCCGGCUUCUUCACCACUAGCAUCCGCUUUGUUCGUCAUCGGAGACUCCUCCGUUGAUUCCGGUACCAACAAUUAUCUCGGUACCUUUGCCCGCGCCGAUCGUCUUCCUUAUGGAAGAGACUUUGACACUCAUCAACCUACCGGAAGAUUCUCCAAUGGAAGAAUACCCGUAGAUUUUCUUGCAUUGCAUCUUGGACUUCCUUUUGUGCCAAGUUAUCUUGGUCAGGCAGGAAAUGUGGAGGAUAUGAGUCAUGGUGUGAAUUAUGCUUCUGCUGGUGCAGGCAUUAUUGCCUCAAGUGGCUCUGAAUUGGGUCAGCAUAUCUCCCUCACUCAGCAAAUUCAACAAUUUAGUGACACAUAUCAGCAGUUUAUAUUAAGUAUGGGAGAGGAUGCUGCAACCAGUUUCAUAUCCAAUUCUAUCUUUUAUAUCUCUAUUGGAAUCAAUGACUACAUUCAUUACUAUUUGCUCAAUGUUUCCAAUGUCAAUAACAUGUACCUUCCAUGGCAAUUCAAUCAGUUUUUAGCAUUUUCACUCAGGCGACAAAUUAAGAACUUGUAUAACUUAAAUGUAAGGAAAAUGGUGGUCACGGGACUUGCUCCUAUUGGUUGUGCUCCUCGCUACAUGUGGGAGUACGGUAUUCAGAAUGGAGAAUGUGUUGAACCGAUAAAUGACAUGGCGGUUGAAUUUAACUUUCUCAUGAGAUACAUUGUUGAAAAGCUUGCUGAGGAGCUCCCUAAUGCGAAUAUCAUCUUCUGUGAUGUGUAUGAAGGUUCCAUGGAUAUUUUGAAGAAUCAUGAUAGCUAUGGCUUUACAGUUACGUCUGAGGCCUGCUGUGGAUUUGGGAAGUACAAGGGUUGGUUCAUGUGCUUAUCGUCGGAAAUGGCGUGCAGGAAUGCUUCCAACUAUAUCUGGUGGGAUCAGUUCCAUCCAACUGAUACAGUGAAUGGAAUUCUGGCAGCCAAUAUAUGGAAUGGUGAACACACUAAAAUGUGCUAUCCUAUGCACUUGCAGGACAUGGUAAUUCAGAAGGCAAAAUGAUAUUGUAUGAUGUUAGUUGAUCACAUGUAGUUGGUAGUUGUAACCAAUGGCUCUACAUAAGUGCUGAGUUUUUCUGCAUCUGUUGUUGAUUAGAACUAUGUAUGGUGCAGAAAUUGAUGCUUACUCCAAAGAGAUUAUUUCCCAUAUAAAAAAUGGACCGACAUAUUUUUACAUUUAUGUACAUUCGGUAGCUGUAGAGGCAACUGCAUUUAGGGCCAUCGUUGGUCUAGUCUGAAUCUCCUUCAUAUGUUGGUUCCGUAUCUUCCCCCACUUUUCAGUUUCACUCCACAGAAACAUUUAUUAUUGUUCAAACAACUAGAAUUUUCAUCUAUUUGUGUGUUGUUUCUUUUUCUAAUGUGAUAUCCA